AUGAGGUUUCGCUGGGUUAAAGAGAACCGGGCACUUUAUGUGUCGCCUAAGGGCCAGCGUGUCAGUCCUUCCCAGCCCCGCUAUCACGUGGCAUCCCACUCGCUACAUGAGUCCCAACUGCUUGCUCUGGCGUCGGCGAAAUCGUCGGCCCGCACCGAACCAGACCGGUCCCUGCCUCUGGCCACCACAUCCAAUGCCGGUGGUGCAACAGAAUGA